UAGGUCGUGACCUCUAUUAGGGCGCAUGCGCGGUGACCCAAAGCGGAAACUACGUGUAGCCGACUGGCACAGAGCGACGACGCUGAUUUCCUUACACGUCGAAACUUUAAAAAUGGCUUUAGCUACAGCUACUUCCAGUAUGGUGUCACUGACACUAGCCAUUGUCUUGUUUGCUGUUCAACAAAUCUUCCGGCAACAGAUAGCAGGCACUGAAUACAUGACCAUAGCUGGUGGCUUUCUUGGGUCAAUAAUAUUUAUUCUUCUGCUGACUUUUGUUUCAAACUUGGAGCAAGUUCUUUUUUUCAAAGGAUUCCAAUCUAAAUUGUUUCCUGAAGUUAUCGGCUGUCUGCUAGCUGCGAUGUUUGCAUCAGGGCUGGUACACAGGGUUUGUGUUACAACAUGCUUCAUCUUCUCCAUUGUGGCACUGUACUACAUCAACAGAAUUUCUCAGGUAAAAUAUGCGCCUCCAGUUACUGUAGCUUCUACGGCAGCUAGCAAGAAGAAGAAGUAAAAGAGGACCAUCGUCUUACAACUUUACAAGACUGAAUGCAAUCAGAAUCAUGUGCAUUGUAUUUUCCACAUAAUACCUAUGAAUAAAUGUUACCAGUUUUCAUG